AUGAACAACUUCACACGAGCUAUUCCUGCGUCGUGGUCAAAUUCUUCUAGACUUCAGGAGCUUGAUUGUUCUGCAAAUGGUUUGACCGGGACACUCCCUGCUGAAAGUCUUGGAAGGUUGCGUAGCUUAGUUCGGAUAAACUUCGGUGGCAAUAGACUGGGAAGUGGGAAAGCUGGUGACUUGAAUUUUCUCAUCUUCUUGGCUAAUUGUAGUGGCCUAGAGGACUUGCUUCUGGACCAUAACCAUUUUGGAGGAGAAUUGCCAAGGUCCAUAGCCGACCUAUCUACCCAACUAAAAUAUCUUUAUUUGGCAGGAAAUUUUAUACAUGGAAGCAUCCCUGAAGGCAUUGGGAAUCUUACAAGCUUGGCCCUUCUUGCAAUGAAUAACAACUAUUUCAGUGGUAGUGUCCCUGAUGCCAUUGGGAAGCUUCAAAAGUUACAGGAAUUGCAUAUGGAUCGUAACAAAUUUUCUGGGCCGAUACCGUCCUCCCUAGGUAACUUGACUUCAUUGAUAACGGUAGUCAUGGACGAGAAUAGGUUUGAGGGAAGUAUACCUCCAAGUCUUGGGAACUGCCAAAGUCUACUCACACUUGACGUUUCUAAUAACCGUCUAACAGGCACCAUACCUAGAGAGCUUUUUGCGAUUUCAUCCCUUUCAAUUUCUUUGAGAAUUUCUAACAAUUCUUUGACUGGUUCGUUACCAUCUGAAGUGGGUGAAUUGGUGAAUCUUGUGGAGCUGGAUGUGUCAGGAAAUAAGUUAUCAGGUGAAAUCCCAACAACUCUAGGCGGUUGUAUUAUGUUGGAGCGCCUGUAUAUGCAAGGUAAUGAAUUUGAAAGAACAAUUCCUGACUCUCUUAAAGGUUUAAGAAGCUUGGAAGUAAUGGAUAUUUCACACAACAACUUAUCCGGGGAGAUUCCUAAACUUUUAGAAAAGCUCAGGUUUCUUAAGUAUCUCAAUCUUUCUUAUAAUGAUUUUGAAGGUGAAUUGCCUAAAGAAGGGAUCUUUUCAAAUGCAAGUGGUCUCUCAAUUAUUGGAAACAAUAGGGUCUGUGGUGGUCUCCCAAAAUUACUUUUACAUGCAUGCUCCAUCAAAAAGUCCAAUUCAUCAUCUCAUCGACUACUUGCCCCAAAGGUAAUCAUCCUUGUAGCUUAUGCAGUUGCAUGCAUAAUUGCUCUGUCAUGCUUCAUUGUUGCUCGUUCGAAGGUGAAAAAGUCAAGAGGUGGCCUAGUAACUUCAGAUUCUUAUAAGGGCUGGAAAUCAGUCUCUUACUUGGAACUCGUUGAGUCAACUAACGGCUUCUCUGUGGACAAUUUGAUUGGUUCCGGAAGUUUUGGUUCUGUUUAUAAAGGAGUACUUCCUAGUGAUGGGAGGGCAGUUGCUGUUAAGGUAUUAAAUCUUCAACAACGAGGAGCUUUCAGGAGUUUCAUUGACGAAUGCAAAGCUUUAAGAAGUAUACGGGACCGUAAUCUUCUCAAGAUCAUUACUGCAUGCUCGAGCAUUGAUAAUCAGGGUAAUGGCUUCAAGAGUUUAGUAUUCGAGUUCAUGGCAAAUGGAAGUCUAGACUCAUGGCUGCAUCCUAGAGAUGAUGAGCAACCUCAACAAAGUAAGAGAUUGAGCCUUAUCCAAAGACUCAAUAUUGCGACUGACGUUGCUUCUGCAUUAGAUUAUCUCCACCACAGUUGUGAAACAACCAUUGUUCAUUGUGAUCUAAAGCCAAGCAAUGUUCUUCUUGGUGAAGAUAUGGUAGCCCAUGUUGGUGACUUUGGUUUAGCAAGGUUCCUCUUGGAAGCAUCAGAUAAUUACUCCCAAAGUCAAACCAUGUCAGCUGGGCUAAGGGGUUCGAUAGGCUACAUUCCUCCAGGUAUCAUUCUCUCUCUCUCUACCUAA